GCAAAUGAUGCAAUGCCCCGACACAUUGUGCUCAGCGAAUAUGAUUCUCCUCCAUAAACCAACCAUUACGCAUUGCAUGCACGGCCAAUUUCGCGAAGCUUAACACAAUUAAUUUCCUCGCAAAACAUCUCACGCAGCAGCAGCUAGCAAGCUAGCUUGCCAAGCCACAGCCAUGGCGGCUUUGCUCGGAGCUCUCCGCGGCAAGCUGCACGGCUGCGCGCUGCGCCUGCGCGGCGAUUCGCUGCCCGUCGUCGUCUCCGUCCUCGCCGUGGCUGCUCUGUGCGCCACCGCUCUCUCGAGGGUCGUCGUGUUCUUCCUGCCGCUCGUGGCGUCCACCUCGCUCUGCUGCGCGGCGGCGUACCUGCUCGUCGCCGCCUCGGAGCCGGACCAGGAGGGCGCCGCCGGCGCAGCGGCGGCGAAGGAGGUGGUGCUCGUCCGCGGCGACAGGGCGGAGGUCGGGGUGCUGCAGGUGUUCGACGGCGCGAACGCCACCGUGUACGCCGCCGCCGCCGACGCCGACGCCAUGCGUGUGGGCUGCUUCCUGCACUACAGGCCCCGCGGCGCGGGCGGCGGCGGCGGGUGGACGAAGCGCGGGGUCGACGAGGACGGCGAGGAGGUGGUGUUCGCCGGCAGGCUGGCCGCCGUCUGCGGCGGCGACGGCGACGAUGUCGAGGAGGAGCUCGCGGCGCUGCGGGUGGACCGGCUGGCGGAGGGCGUGUGGGACAGCUACUUCGGCGGGUGGUCGAGGUGGAACUACGUGACGGAUGGGCACUACUACGACGAAGACGCCACCAUUUUUCUGGACUCUUAAGCACCCCUGAGCUGAUAUCCAAAGCUUUGGCUCCAUCGUUAACAACAGAAUUUAUACAUGAAUGAUGUAGGUGCAUUAUUAUACAGAGAUGUUUAGAUUGGUACAACAUAUAUCCGGUCAAAUUUGGCUGUGUAAAUUUGAUUGGACGUAGAGAUCGUGUUUAUCCCAUUUUCUAAAAACUAUCCGGUCAAAACUCAAAAUAACAACCAGUGCACGUGGAGAACGCAAGUACGGAGACCUUUGGGCAUGAUCGAACUACGAUGGCAAUGGUCGUGCGUACGCAUCUGCAGGAAUCGGAUUCUUUUAAGCGCCUUUCUCUGCAGAAAAAGAGAGCAGUGUCUUCACAGCUUCAGCACCCCCACAAAUCACAUCUAUCAGCUGAACGUAAAACCUGAAGCCUCUCUGCCUUUAUUCUUCCACAAACUGCACUCUUCGCACAAAUGUGUGCCAUGAAAAGCUAUAUGAAUCC